UAUCAUUACAUCGGAAUAUGUCGUCUUCCGAUAUGAACUUUUUUGUAAGCGGCUCGUCACAGAGUUCGCAAGACAAACCUGAGUUAGAUUUUAGUCUUUAUCAUGCGUAUCCAAUUAUCGACGACGAUCGUGAUACGAGCUCUGUGCUCACCAAAGGUAAGAGACAUUCGCCGGUGUCGGGGAAUAAAAAUUUACUGGCCGAGGACGGACUGUACGUGUCCGAGAAUCUUUUCACCGACAAACUGAUCAAACCUUAUUAUCGAUUGGACAACGUUAAGUCGCCGCUGCGUUACGAGUCGCGAUCGCAGUUUCGCGGGAAACUCGUUGAAAUCGCUGUUCGCAAAGUUCGCAUUCACAACGAAGAAGAGGGGGAAUCCCGCGAGAAAGAAUCUCGAUCGAUGAUCGAGAUCGUCUCGGUAUCGAUUCUGUUCAAAACGAAACUGAUAUGCAAAGCAAACAGCCCGUUCAAUCGAAAACUUCACAAGCUUCUGAUCAGAGAUCCGGAAUGCCACAAUCUUUCGAUACAGGUGAACGCGCGACACGGCGAAUCCAGCGUGUUGCCGUUGCCGUUGCCCCAACGGUGCGUGAGGGAUCAUCAGAUCGACAUUGACUUCGCGAUCGGCGGCGAAAACUCAGACAGAAUAUACGCGGGAACCGCAACAUGCACCAUUUCCGUUUCGCCUCACGGCGUCGACCAGAUAGACGAUAGCAACAACAACGAACGUGUUUACAGACCGAGCAAUGACCCAAAUGAUCCCCACAACAGCCUAUUUUUAUUGAGACCUCAAAAGUCACGGCAAGUCGUGCCAAGAAAAGACGUUACGUAUUUCUCGCUUGAGGAUCCGGACUUGCUUUUCAACACGGGCGUUAAUGUUAUUCCGCGCGCAAAAUCCCGGCGGGAGUCCGUGUCGAAAUCGCCUGACAUUGUUGUGACGGAACAGCCGGUGUUCUCUUUAUUGAACGUUUCCCUGAAGAACAUAUUUCAAGCGAACCGACCGCUCAGGCCUACGUCGGGCACUCGCAGACAUCACGCCAUAGGGAAGACCGUUCUCGCCGUUACGGUUCUACGAGGGAUUGAAGUGCCCGUUAGGGAGGAGUCGGCAUUGGUCUCGCCGUUGUUGGAGGUGCAAUGGGGCGAUGUUGUCCGCACGACGUCAGUGGCGGACGGUCCAGCGCCGGUUUGGCAGCAGACAAUGCAUUUCGAAUUGCCUCGACAGAACGGCGAGCACAGCGUGAGAUUUCGUCUGUACGAUCAGCACCCGGUCUGGGGUCAGCAGUGGCUCGGCGAAGCGAGGAUUCCGCUCGAGCGUCACAGAAAUUAUCAAGAGCUCGAACGAUGGGUCGCUCUGUCGCCUCUGUUCAGUCCGGUGUUGCUUUUCGGAUACGUGCAAGCGAGCCCCGGACAGUCGCACACCAGAAUUUACGUUCUUGUGAGAAUGGAGCAACCCGGAAACGCAAAUUCCGUCGAGGCCGGCGCCAUCGACACUCUGUCAAAAGGUAUUCAACGUUGUCUGGCAAUUCCCUACAAAAUAAUUGGCGUGGAAACUCCUGACGACGCCGCGCGGCUCGCUAUGCUCCUGUCGUCGUUGCCCGUUCACUACGGUCCGGUAACGCCACGCCAGGCCUUGAAUGUAAACAAAGUGGAUCAUUACGGAAGAGCAGCUUUGUUAGCGACGCUGCUGCAGGGCUUCAGCCUACAAUCGUACGUACUGUUAGGUUCCUCGCAGAUAAGUAAGUGGACAGCGUUCGUUUUGAGUAUCGAGGAAAACGACGUUGUCCUUUGGGAUCCUGAAAUCGGAGAUUAUUACAAAUUAAGCGACAGUCGCUGCUCGCUGAUGAGAGUGUCUCGCUUGAUCAAUCACCUCGGCAUAUGGGAGAACACGCAGAAGUCCGUUUUGCCUCACAAUCUGAAGUACAACGUGACGCUCGGCAAAGAUUGGCGACCGCUCGUGCCGAUCGCCGCGUCGACCGCCAGUCGAUCGGUCCAGACACUGGAGUUGACCAACAACGUCGAGGAUGCAACCAUCGGGAACGAGUCCGCAGAAAUGGAACAAUACUUGCGCGACAAGUUAGCCGGAUGGCGCAGCGCUCUCGGUUUGACAACGAUGUUCAAUCGUCACGCCAUCAGCGUUCUACGGGACUUUCUCUCUGGCAUUCCGAGCGAAACGGGACGCUUCCAACUGGACAGAAAAGAUCUGAAGCAACUGUAUCGAGUUUAUCACGUGCACGGCUUCCUUCUGAACCUGCGUCAGACCGCCCUCGAUGAAUUGGCGGACCAACUGGCGGCCACGAAGGUCAAGGAUGUCACGGGACCUAUUGAAUUCGCUCUCGUUUGCCACGUGCAACGAUACAUCGGCAAGACGUGCUCCAUAUGGAUGGCUCUGGCGAUCUUACGGAGUCGUGGUUAAUUCUUCGAUUCGCGACGAUGUUGUUUUUGCUGUGUAGAAUUUUUUUUUUUUUAUGAAGAAAGUGUGUCCUCGAAAGCAAAUUGUUGUAAAUUCUGUAAAUAUCGUGUAAAUAAUUGUUGUGGAUUGAUAAAAAAGAGAUAAAACUUUGAUAUGUGGAAUCACACACAUGUAUUUCAUUCACUCGAUAUAUCGAAAGCUAUCUAAUCGCUUUUUAACGCACACGUUGCAUCUCUAGAUAUCACAUCGCUUAUCAUUUAUGUCACGAGAGAUAUUAUGAUGUUUAAUCACAUUUAUUGUGUGUAGUACUUGCCAUAUGCGUGCUCAAUUGCAAUUUUCCUAUUUUGCGCAUGAUAUAUUUUUUUUAAGUGUAUAUACACACACAAGUGUAUUUUGUAUAUAAUAAAAACA